AUGAUAGAGAUUUUUAAUUACAACUACAACAAGAAAACUAGGUAAAGGAAAGACUAAAAGUUAUAGAGAACAAAAAAGAGAAGGCUUUCGCUACUUCAAGAUGUUAAUCCUGACAGUUAAUUUAGUGGUUUAGAUGAUUAUAGCUAACUGUAAAUUGAAAGGAAGAGUACAAAAAAUAUAUUAAAUUAUUUUAAAACCUUUUCUUUUUAUUGGUCUCUGUUAAUUAACUGCUUUCAUAUUUAUACGCUGCUAUCUUCUGUAUUUUGGAUGAGUAAUUUGGGGUAUCCAAGUGGACCAUAUUUAUCGAUUGAAAUAGUCAUAGAAAUAUUUAUUAUAGUUGAUAUUAUUCUUAGGAUAAUAUUCUCGAAGUAUGCAAGAAAAAAUAAAUUCUUUUUUAUGAAUUUCAUAUUAAACGAAGUGACUGUGCAAACCCUUUUUAAUGUAUUAUACAUCAUAUCUGCUAUUCCGCAAGCAACAAUUUUAAAAAUAAUUAUGAAUAACACUAAGUUUAUAAAUGAAAAUAAUAUAUAGCUUGAAGAUUAUUUAAGUUAUAUUUUUGGAAUUAAUAUUAUCAAGCUCUUAGAUUUAUGGAACUUCUUUUAGAAGCUGGAAUUCGUUUUUAUUUAUACGUAAUUUCGAAAAAUAAUUUAUAUAAAAUUCAUAAAAACUUGUUUGAUGUUUUUCUUACUGAUUCACUACGUAGCCUGCUCUUGGACUUUUAUAAACAAAAUAGAAAAAAACACAUAAGCUUAGUCUGGUUAUUAUUUUGAAGAUUUAGAUUAGUCAGGAGAUUAUGACAUUUUCAAUAGGUACAUUUUAUCACUCUAAUGGGCUAUUGAAGUCAUGAGUGGAAACUCUACAAACGAUGUCGUUCCUGGAACUAAAAUGGAGAUUUUAUUAUCAGUCUUAAUGAUGGGAGUUGGAACUUUUAUCUUAGGAGCAAUCUAUGCUAAUUUUGAUACUUUGCUUUACUAUUCUAAUUUCUAAGAUUAUAAAUAGAGAACAAGCUAAGAGAAAACAAGAAAGUUUUGUAGAUAUAAAAAUCUUAGAGGCAUGAUUUUUAAGAAUAUUAAUAAUUAUUUUAACCAUAUCCUAUAGAGUAAAAAUGAUUAUAAAAACUAACUGGAUAUAAUUUAACUUCCUAUGAGCCUUUAGGUAGAAUUAAAAUUGCAUUUAAAUUAGGAUCUUAUUAGGAAUGUUAAACUUCUUAAUUUGGGCUCACCUGACUUUAUACUUGAGACAAUGAAGUACCUUUAUCCAAAAAUUUGCAUGAAGGGCGACAUAGUUAUUUGGUAUGGAGAAAUAGCAAAUGAGAUGUAUUUCAUUAAGAAGGGAAAAGUUUAAAUAAUAACUGAAUGCCAUUCAAGAGUAAUUGCAAUUUAAGAAGAAGGGUCAUAUUUUGGAGAGAUUGGUUUGUUAAUUACAGGCAAAAGAACAUGUAUAGUGCAAGCUAUUGAAAAUUGCAUCUUCAUGUGCCUUAAAAAGGAACAUUUCGAUUUAAUUAUGCAGCAAUUUCCUGACUAAAAGAACCACUUAAUUAAAGUUAGUAAGCAGAGAUUGCUAACAACUAAAGCUUCUGAUUUACCUUAAGAUAAAAUCAUUGAAAAAGUAGAAUUUGUAGAUUAAAAAAAAGAUGAUAACUUUUAAAUGUCUGCUUAUAACGUAUUCAUGAGCAACUUAAGCAUGUACAACGAUAGCUCUAAAAAAAAUAAAAAUAAAGCUGUAAUGAUCAGCAACAGCCCAAGAGCGAACAACGAUGAAGAUAACAAGUAAUAAAUUGCAGACAUGUCAAUUCAUGAAAAUAGUAAUAAACAUGGAGAAAACACUCCAAACAAUAACAAUGUCUCAAUAUAAAACUCCGAUCCUUUAAAUAAUAACAACAAUAAUAAUAUUACUAACAAUAACAAUAAUAACUUAAAUAAAAGCAUCAUUACAAAUAAAGAUAAGUCUAGCUAUUUUAACUCAUUGAAAUUAAAACUCUAUUAGAAUUUCUUGCGCAGGUCUUAGGCAUUCAAAAAUAAUUAAAACACACAAGCUUCUUCUAAGCGUUUAUGUGAUUAUAAAAAAUUAAAUAACUUGAAUAGCAUUUGGAAAGGUAUAAUAACUUUUGUGCUUGUCUACAAUCUGGUAUUUGUACCUCUUUCAAUAGCCUUUUCAAUAGAUUUUGAAGGGGGAUUUCUAACUUUAGAAUAUUUUAAUUUCAUUAUUUAUUUUUUGGACAUUAUUUUUUGUGCUUACACUUCUCAGAAAGAGAAAGAAAAGAGUUAAUAAAAUAGCUACUAGCCAGCUUCUAAAUUAAAUUCAAACGAUGUCAAUUCUUAAUUCGUUGACUAAAAUCAAAGUUAACUUAAGGCGUCAAAUCAAAAUAAAUCAGCUUUGAAUUCAAUAGCUUAAUCAAGCGUAGAAAUAAAUUCUAAAUAAACUAAAACCUAAGAAAAUAACUUUAAUUAUAACAAAGCAGUUGAUAAUUACUUCAAAAAAACUACCUUUAUAGUUGACAUUCUCUCAACGAUUCCAAUAGAUAUCAUGCUCUCUUUGCUUAAUGUUAAUCCUAUAUUGUGCAGAGUGACAAGGUUGCUUAGACUUACCAGAGUCUAUAGAUUGUUUAAUCUGUAUAAUCUACUGCACAAUCGUUUAUAAUGGAAUAAAGCCUAUUUAUUUUUUAAGUUUUUUAUUAUUAUUGCGUAUGUCAAUCACAUUUUUGCUUGCAUUUUUUAUAUCAUCGCAAUUAAUGAGCUUGGUUCAGUAACUAAUAAUUUAUUUACUAACUUUGACUCAUAAGCUAUACCUUCAAGAGUCCCUCUUUUCAAAGAAGACAUAUGGGCUAUUUACAUUGAAUUUUUAUACUAUUCAUUCAACUUAACAUCCUAAGGUUGCUUUGGCACCGUCCAAGCUAUGUCACUUGGAGAAAGAAUUGUAUAAAGCUUAGUCGUACUCUGCUCUAGGAUUAUUACUAUUUUUUUUAUAGCUCAGGCACUCAAUUCUGAAAAAAUGGAUAAAACGCUCUCCAACGAAACGAAGUCAAAAAUGGAAUCAAUCAGAGUUUUUCUUCAUUUCAAGAAAUUCCCUCACAGCAUAAGCAACAGGAUAUACAAAUUUUAUGACUUCCAAAAUAUGAAAUUUAAAGGAAUAAAUGAUGAAGAAAUCUUAUCUGAGUUACCAAACACAGUUUAGAAUGAAAUCAUUCUCUAGCUAUUUUAGAACGUGCUUUAAAAGAUUUAAACGAAUUAAGCUAAAGACAAAGGCGUUGUACUUUCAUUAAUGAAGAUGAUGAAGUAAAAAAUUAUUCCUAAAGAUGAGCAUGUCUUCAAAAAAGGAGAAAUAGCUACAGAUAUGUAUUUUAUUAUUGAGGGAUAAGCUACUGUGAUGAUAGAAGAUGAAUUUUAUUUGAAGCCUCCUGUAAUUUUAGCUGAAUUAAAAGAAGGUGAUUACUUCGGAGAGAUGGCUAUUCUUGAUUUAAAGAUAAAUGUUAGAGGAGCCUCGGUUAUAGCAAAAUCCAACCUCCAUUUGGCAAGCUUGGAUAUUAAAGACUUCAAGUUUGUGUGCAGCAUAUACCCAGAAAUAUACUAGAUCAUCUAGCAACUAGCUGAUUAGAGGAAAUUAAAAAAUAAAUAGAAAAUGCAGAAAAAAUCUAAUAAAAGUAUAAAAGUUAAUAAGGAUAAUCAAAAUCAUCAGGAGGAAGAAGAGGAGAAUAUUGCAGAUGAUAAUUUUAAAACAAAUCCUGAUCAUUUAAAGGAAAGCACUUUAAUAAAGCCAAUAUAAGAAUAGAGAAGUGAUUAUUUACUGUUGAAAUAAAAUGUUGAUACGAACCAAACAAAGAUUCUACAUGAUUAAUUAUAAAAUGAGACAAAUCUUUUUACUAAUGAAAAUAAUGUAACUUCUUAGUAAAAGAACCUCAAUUCAUAGCAUAAAUUAGUUUUUAAUCCAACAAAAAACUUGUUAGGCCCUUAGAUAUAUAAUACGAAGGUCAAUAUAAAUUAAUUUGAUUUUUAAAUAGAAUCUGUUGAAGAUAAUAUAUUCAAUAAAAAUAAUAAAAACAUAAGAACAGCAUAGGAAGAAACCAAUUAUUAACUUGAAUAGGAUAUUUUAAUGAUAACAAAUAAAGAAUAAUAAGGUCAAGAAGAAAAUCAUCAAAAUGAAAUCUAGCAACAAUUAAAUAAUUAAACUUAAUAGCUGGAAUAGGUUAAUAAAGCUAAGAAAGAUUUUUUACUUUACAUAAGAAAACAGUCAAAGAAAAACACUUUUAUUCAAUAACCGAAAAUGAAAACUUAACCUUUAAUCGAAAAUAACAAUGAAGAUGAUUUUAAUAUGGCUAAUUUCAACAAGAAUUUCGGAGAAAACAUCACUUUAAAGAGGAAAAAGAAAUAAAAAAGCUAGGUAACUACUUAUAAUGAGGUGAAACAGCUUUUUUAAGAAGACAAUAAUAGCCUUACCUAAAAAGAUAGUUAAGGGAAUCCUUUUAAGUAAUUGAAUAACGGAGGAGCUCAGUCUACUAAUAUUAUAGAUUUGAUUGAUAUUGAUGAAACUAAUUUUAAAAACAACAAAAUGUAUUAAUAAAAAGACGAUCACAGCGAUUAGAUUAAGAAGGAGGACUGGACUAUCAGUUCAAAUACAAAUAUUUAAUCGAUCAAUUAAUAUCAAAAUAAUGGAGAAGAAUAAAAAUCUUUGUUUGAAAAUUUAUUUUUACUUAAAGGAAACUAAAAGUUAAAUAACUAAGAUGAAAAUGAAGAAAAUUUUACUGAAAAUGUAUUAGAAAAAGAAAGCAAGAAGUAAAGCAUGCCUAACAUCUUAUCAAAAAUAUCAGGUUUAAAUGAUGAAGACAAUAAAUUAGAUAAAUAAAGCAUCUUUAAUAAUUCUCCUAUUAACAAAUAAGAAGAAAAAGGAAUAAUGUUUGCAGAAAAUGAUGAAUAUAAUUUUAAAUUGGAUGAUAAUAAAAAUAAAGCACUAUCAAUAUCCUAAUAAGAUCAGAUUCAGCCAUCAAAUAAUGAGCAAAAGAAAAAAGAUGACUAUAAAAUAAAUAUAUUUUUGUCUGCAUAACGCAGCUUAGAUAGAAACUCAGACAAAAAAUCAGAAGAAGAUCCUAAUUUGUAACAGUUUACUAAAAAUUAUAAUUCUUUUACACUUGAAAAUCAUGAAAAUUAGCUAGAAAACAUAUUUAAAUAAGCAAGAACUAUGGAACCGAGUUUAAAUAAUGACAAGAGUGCUAUAGAUUCUGCUUUAAUAUUUUAGAAAAGCUCUUUCCAAAACAAAAACAAGAUAUUAUUUAACAAGAGAAAAAGCCAAUCUGCAGAAAAUUUAGUCCUAGGGUUUAACCAAGAAAGCUCCUAGCAUUCUUCAUAAAUUUAGCAGUCAUUCAUCAAAGAAAAUCAAAAAAAUACAUUUUUCUAAUCAUAAAAAGUGUAAUCAGAAUAUGAUAAAUAAGAUAAAGUAUUAGAAGAAGAGUUACCAGACUCAAAUGAAUCAUCUUCACUAUCCAGUAUUAAAGGUGAUGAAGAACAAAAAGGAUUUUAAAUAAGAAAAUCAGAUCUGAAUUUUAAAACAUCUUCAUUGAUACUUUAUUCCUCAAUAGCUGCGAAAAACUUAAGUACCUUCAAGCCAAAUCAUUUUCUAAUUUUCAAAAGACAUUCUCUAAUCAUGAUUAUAGUAUCAAUUUAUAGUUGUAUUAUCAUCCCUCUUAACAUAGCUUUUGAGUAGGAUUUCUCAUUUAGACACAAUGUAGCGCUUCUGAUAAUUGAAGUUCUAAGCACAAUAAUCCUUAUAACCUUCACUAUCCAAGAAUAUAGAAGAAACUCCUUAAAACUUCAAAAAAUGAAGAAGAAAAGAAUGAAAGGAAAGUUUAUUGAUAUUUACGAUUAAUAUACAGCUAUGAAAAAAGUUUAUUAGCAUAAAUUUCUUAUAAAUCUGAUUAUAGCGAUUCCGUUUUGUUUGAUUUUUGACCUUGCACAAAUAGAUUAGCAUAGAAAUGACAUAUUUCUGAUAAUACUUUCUCUUAAUAGAGUAGUUUGCAUUUACAAUAUUUAUUAUUCCAUCCGCUACUACGACUAGAAUUAGCAGAUCUACAUAGAGAUUAUAAAUAAGUUUAUGAUAAUAGCUUUUUUAAAUCACUUGAACGCUUGCAUUUGGGUUGUAAUUGGCAAGCAGGAGUCAGAUUGGAAUCAGUGCUGGUUUAAAAGAAUUUCUACUACACAAAUUAACUAAAAGGAACUACCAAACAUUACAAUAUCUGACUUUUCUCUCUAUUUGAAUGCAUUAAGUUGGGCAUUUUAAAUUAUGACACAUACAACUACAGGAGAUUCUUCAGCUGUCAACACUAGAGAAGAAAUUUAUUCUUGCAUAGUCUUUCUUUGCACUAUUUUAUUUUCAAUUAGCUUCUUUGCAAAUAUUUCUUCUCUUAUCAAAAUAAUAUCUUCAUCUUUAAGAAGAGAUUUUCUAAUGAGAUACAAAUUAGUUGUAGCCUUUAUUAAGAAGAUGGGACUAAAGCAAUUUAAGCCACUUGUAGAGAUUUAUUUUAGUUAUAUUUGGGAAACAAUGCUUGGUAUUGACGAAAAUAAAUUUUUAAAAGAAUUUCCGGUAGAUUUAAGAGCAGAUAUAAUAGAGUAUAUGUAUCCAAAGCUUAUAAAAUACUCAAUAUUCUUUAAUAUCGGACAUAAAUGGAGAAAUGAAUAGAUAAAACUGUCUGUUUUAAGAUUCUUGACAUUCGAAAUAUUCAUGCCAAAUGAGGUAAUAGUUGUGGCUGGAGAAGUAUGCAAGGAUGUAUUUAUCAUUUUAGAAGGAUAAGUUGAAUGCUAUAACUUUGAACUGUUUAAAAUGCUUUAACUCAACACAGGAGAUUUUUUCGGAGGAGUCUUAAAUAGCAAUCUUAGAAGAAUCAAGCAGCCAGCUUACAUCAAAGCAUCUAAAAUAUGCAAAGUAGGAAAGUUGUGUUUUUAAGAUUUUGAGAUAAUUUGCUAAGCUUUUCCAGAAUGGUUUUAAAAAUUGCAAGAAAUAUAAAACGAAAGAUAUUUGUUAUAGAUGAAGUGUUUAAAAUUUUUCAACAAGCCAUAAAUUUUUGAUUUGAAAAAAAGAGCUUUAGGUGCUAAAGUGAAGAAUGCCACUCCAAAGGAUAAAUAUAAAUAAAAAGCAAUGAAUUUUAAAAAUGCAGCAGAGCCAUAUGAAAUAACAGAAGAACUCUUAAAAGAGUACAAAAACCUAAAAAUACAAUUUUAACAAUAUGAAGAAUCUAAUUCUAUAAGCUAGUCUGAAAGCUAAGGAGAAUUAAGCAGUCAUUCGAGCAAUAUAUAGCAAACUGAGACUAAAAGUCCUGAAAAUUUAUAGUUUGAAUCUCAUAAAAGCCAUAAUCUAACAGUUAACUAAGAAAAAGGUACUUCAAGCAAUAGAGGCCAGACAAAAACAAAGAUAAAUCAAGUUGUCCCGAAAAUAAAUUUUAAUAGCUUGAUAUUAAACUCUCCAACCUCUGAAGGUUAAAAAUAAAUCUAGACUCAAAAGCAGUAACAAUUUUUAGAUUUCAUACAGUAAAAAAUGGAUUAAAAAAUAGAAUAAUAAGAACACACUGUAAACAGUAGAUUACAGCACUAAAAUAAUAAUAUCAUGAAUAACAUAUAAAGCUAAUUAAAUAAUAACCUCAUCAUAGUCAAAUCCAAAAAGCUAUAAAGAUCAUAAGUUUUGAAUUUACCCAUUGGCGAACAGAAUCCUCAAGAAAUCUUCUUUACUGAUCCAAAAUAAUUUAGCUUUGAUAAAUAUCCAGAUGAUGAGAUAUUCUUAGUAUUAGCAAAUUUAAAAAAUGUAUGGAGAUUAUUAAAAGAAUCAAAUAGGAAUAUAAAAAUAUUUUUGCAUCCAGCAGGUGAUUUGAAGUAGAACCUUGACUACAUUUAUAUUACAUUUGUUUCAAUUUAUUUACUUUACGUACCAAUUACUAUUGGAUUUAUGCAUUGUUGCAAUAUCAAUGUAGUUAUUUUGAUAGAAGUCAUUUAUAUCUUUUGUUAACUGUCACAUAUCAUUAUGCAGUUGAAAACCCCUCCUUAUCUAAAUGGCUCGAUACAUGCUGACUAAAAAUAUAUAAAUUAAUUAUACGUUUAGUAAUAUAAACAUAUUUAUGAUGCUGUUACGAUUCUACCUCUUAACUUGAUUAUAUUUAUAAUUAAGAACUAAAAUUUGAUUAGUAAUUCAAGUCAUUACGUUGUGUAGGUGAUAUUAGAUAUCUUUCGCUUGAAUUCUCUUCUUAAUUUCAAGUACCUUUUUUAUAAGUUUAAUAAAUUGCACUCUUCACUUCGUAGCUUCUCAAAAGCUUUCAACAUUAUCAAACAAGUCUACUUUUUCAUGAGCAUAGUUAAUCUUAUAACUUGUCUCUGGUCAUGGGUAAAUCAGUUAGGACAGGAAUAUACAAAUGAUACAUGGAUGAUGCGUUUUAGCUUAUAAUAAGAAUCGUUAUAUAUUUAAUAUUUAUAUUGUGCCUUCUUUGUUCUAAACACAGUUUAAUCUACAGGCUAUCCUUAAAUGGUCAUAACAAACGACUUGGAAAGAGGAACUUUCAUAAUGAUGGUAUUAACUGGCUACACACUUUUUGCAGCAAUAAUAGGGCUUUAACUAAAUCAGCAAAUGAGUUUAGAUUUAAAAAUGCAUGAUCUUUACAUAACUAUGGAGAAAAUCUAUAACUUAAUAGAAAGCAGCAACAUGCCUAAAGGUCUUAGAUAGAGAGUUGAUAUGUAUUUCACAUAUCUAACAGAAACUAAUAUGAAUGAUAUAGACGAAAUUACAAAGAUAAAAGGCAUGAUACCUACUACUAUGUAUAACAAUAUCUUGUACAAUCAGGCUAAACAAAAUUUAAAUCAAUUUAAAGUGUUUAAGGAUUUAAAUAAUUCUUACCUAGUAAGGCAAAUAUCUCCUCUUCUCAAACAAGAGAUUUUUUUAGAGGGAGAUUACAUAAUCAGAAAAGAUGAGUUUGGAAACAGAAUGUUCUUUUUGAUUUCAGGAAAAGUCUAAAUAGUCUCAGAAAACGAAUUUCAAACUCUCAAAGUCAUAAAUCCAGGGCAUUUCUUUGGAGAAAUAUCUCUUUUUACUGAAAAUUACAAGAGGAUAGCUUCUGUCAUAGCUAAUACUGUUGUGCAUGUCUAUUCAAUAAAAAAAUCUGAUAUCCAACCAAUAUUUUAGUAUUUCCCUGAAUUCAAAGAGUAUAUUAUGAAAUAAGCCACUGAAAGAUUAAGAGAUACCAGGUAAAAAAUAUUAAAUGAAGAAAAAAGAAAGUCUAUAUUCAAUAAUGAUGUUGCAUUUAAAAUGCUAGAUAAAAAUUAGAGCUCUCCUCCAAAUACAAGAUAAAGGUCACCCUAAUUUUUUAAUGUUUAUUCAGGAUAAAAUAGAAAGGAAAAAUAAUAAUUUUAAAUAAGUGAUGAAGAAGAAGAAUAAGCUAACUAAAUUUAAAAAUAAGAGCAAAAUUAAGUGAUUAUUAUUACCAAUUAGCAACAGCAAAAAUAAAAAAAUAAAAGUACUCACGAUGCCACACCUAAAUCUUAAAAAAAGACAAAAGAUGGGUCUCAGAAAAUUAUUGAUAAAAAAUCUACUAUAAGCAAGAAAAAAUUAACAAAAACUCUUCAUUUAUAGAGAAAGUUUGAUGAAGAUUUUGAAGCUAAUAAUGAAGAAGUUGAUUUGCUUAUUUAAAAUCAUGACUUAGAUCUUUCUGAUAUAGAUGUUGAUCUUCCUAACAGUAUAGACCAAGAAAGCAAGUAGAUUUACAAUACAGUAGCAUUAAGCAAUCUUUUUAAUGUUAAUAAAAUAGAGAUACUCUGCUCUCGUUAUAAAGACCAAAGUAAUGUUAGCAAAAUAAGAAGACAUAAAUUAAUUAAAAAUAAUCUUACCGAAUUCACAGAAGAUGAAGGAUAGAAUGGAGAUGAUUCCUCUGAGAAAACUCUUAUUAAGGAUAAUACAUAAAAAUAAGAUAAAAAUGAUGGUUAGAAAAAUAAUCUGCAAGAUUUCAGAGAAAGGAUUAGCUUUAAUGAGUUAGUGCAUUAAAAUGAAAUGGAUUUCAAAAACCAUCCAGACCUGUAAAGUCGAAGAAGAUUAUAAUUUAACAGAAAGAGUGAAAGGAGAUUGAGUAGAAUUAAUCUUAAAAAGUAAAUUAAGCUAUCUAAAUAGUCAGAAAUGAGGCUUUAGUGGGGUAUGAAUUUAGAAUAUAAUUGA